AUGUCAUCUGGCAAAGGUGGAUAUACAUCCACUGGUUUUGAUAAUAGACAUCGACCAACAAGGUCAGUUAGUGUAGGAUUCACUCUUGUGUGUGCAAAUUGUGGUAGAGUACAUUCACGGGAGUGUUGGGGAAGAAAUCCUAUUGUGUGUUAUAAUUUUCAUCAACUUGACCAUAUUGUUAGAGAUUGUCUACUCAGGAUAGGUUUCCUUGAAGAAUUUCAAGCUAUGGGCAGGGGACGAGAGAGAGGUAAUAGAGGAGGAGGAACAUCUUCAGCUAUGCAAUCUGGAUAUACAGGCCCACCUCAUACCCAAGCCAGAGUAUUUGGAGUGACGAGGCAAGAUGCACCUACUGCACUUGAUGUGAUAAUUGCUACAUUUUCUAUCUGUAACUGUGAUGCACAUGUGUUAAUUUAUCCUGGAUCAACAUGUUCAUUCAGAUCACAUGAGUUUGCAUUACGUGUGCCUGGCAUAUUAGAACCAUUGGGACAUGAUAUAUAUGUUUCUAUGCCUACUCGGGGUGUUAUUAUUGUAAAUACUAUGAUAAAAUCUUAUCCUAUGGUUAUGGAUGGUAUGACCAUACAAGCUAAUUUGGUUGUUAUUCGUUUGAGAGAGUUUGAUGUUAUAUUGGUUAUGGAUUGGUUGUCAAAACAUCAUGCCAUUAUUGACUAUAAAAAUAAAGAAGUAGUUAUGGAGAUUCAAAGGCAGAGGAAAAUGAUGAUUGUUGGGGAAAGGAAAAUGAUGCCUAAUUGUUUAAUCUCUGCUAUUACUGCAGUUCAAUUGAUUAAAUAUGGGUGUCAAGCAUAUUUGGCUAGUGCAAUGGAUAUGACUAAAGUUAGUCCGGGGGUUUUAGAAAUUCCAAUAGUGAGAGAUUUUCUAGAUGUGUUUCUUGAGGAUUUGCCUGGAUUGCCACCACAUAGGGAGGUCGAUUUUGAAAUUGAAACUAUACCUGGAAUGGCUCCACUAGAACUGAAAGAACUCAAGAAACAGUUAGAAGAACUACUUGAUAAGGAGUUCAUCAGGCCUAGUAUUUCUCCCUUGGGCGCACCUGUGUUAUUUGUGAAAAAGAAAGAUGGUUUAAUGCAAUUAUGCAUUGAUUAUAGCCAUGAAGAACAUGAACAACAUUUGAGAAUUGUCUUACAAGUUCUGAAAGACAAACAGUUUUACGCCAAGCUUAGUAAAUGUGAAUUUUGGUUGGUAGAAAUAGCCUUUUUGGGGCAUAUAAUUUCAAAACAUGGUGUAAAACCAGAUCCAUCAAAGAUUAAAACUAUUCUUGAAUGGGAGUCACCAAAGAAUAUAGACACAUGUGAGAAAAGCUUUGAGGAAUUAAAGAAAAGGCUUACUUCAGCACCAAUACUUUCCUUACCAUCUGAAAAUGGAGGUUAUGUGGUUUAUACUAAUGCAUCAAAGCAAGGCUUUGGAUGUGUAUUAAUGCAAAAUGGAAAGACAUGGAGACAUUACUUAUAUGGCGAGACCUUUCAAGUUUUCACAAAUCACAAAAGCUUGAAAUAUAUUCCUACACAGAAAGAGUUGAAUUCAAGGCAAAGAAGAUGGAUUGAGUUACUAAAAGAUUAUGACUGUACUAUUGAUUACCAUCCCGGAAAAGCAAAUAUUGUUGCUGAUGCUUUGAGUCGGAAGGUUGUGGAUCGUAUGGUAGGUAUGCUCUAUUAUGAUAUUGAAUAUUUAGUUGCACUUCGAGGAAUGAACACUUGGUUGGAGACACAUGAUGAUAUCUUAUUAGCCACAUUACAAGUGAAGCCUUCUAUUGAAGAUAAAAUUAAAGAAACUCAGUUUGAAGAUCCUUAUUUACAGAAGAUGAGAAGAAAGGUUGAACAAGGAAAACAUGAUCAAUUUGUUUUGAGAGAUGAUGGUCUUUUAUUAAAUUGCAAUCGUGUUUGUGUUCUAAAUAUGGAGAGCUUGAGGAAGAAUAUAUUAGAAGAAGCUCAUAGUGCACCAUAUAGUAUGCAUCUUGGAAACAGAGAUCCGCGGUUUACCUCACACUUUUGGGGUAGUUUACAAAAUGCUAUGGGUACUAAGUUACACUUCAGUACAACAUUUCAUCCGCAGACAGAUGGGCAAUCAGAAAGAACCAUUCAGACAUUAAAAGACAAGAUGAGAGCUUGUGCACUUGAGCUCAAAGUUCAAGAGACUGUGGAUAAGAUACAAAUAGUUAAACAGUGUUUGAAAGCAUCACAAGAUAGAUAA